UUCUAUAUACCAUGCGAGGUAGUUAACAUCUCCUAGCCGCAGUGGCGUCCAACAUACAAUCGAGGCAGCGCAAACGUCAAUUCGUUGUCCGGCAAUGUGUCCACAGGCUCUGGUCCUGAAGAGGAGACCCUACUCAAGGUGAAUAUCUCUGGGACUCAGAAGGGCGACGACAACAUCGCACCACUGCAGGUGAUGAAGGACCACUGGGAUGAGCUGAAGGAGUGUGUGGGCGUGAACCCGACCCCUCUGCUGGACCACCUGAGCAACAACCGCACGAUCACGCGCAGAUUCCGCAGCGUGGCCGCGGCCAAGGGCGGCGAGGAGUGUGUGGAGUUCCUGCUCGAGCACCUCGUCAACGAGCGAGAGGAGGAGCACAUGAAACUGUGGAACGCUCUCUACGCCGUCAGGAGGAACUACCUGCAGAUCUGGAGGAUGCUUCAGGAAAACGGCGAUGCGGUGCAUGCCAUUUCAAAAUCCCGGCCACAGCUGAUCGCCUGGAUCGGCACGAAUCCCCGGCACCUCCUGCUGCAACUCAUCAACCAGUCGCUGAUACCAAGAGACGCGUUGGCCAGAGUGAGGGUGGCGCGGAGUGACGAGCAGGUGGCUGGGAUCCUGCUGGACCUCUACGUCGGCCGAGGCAAUGACGGCUGCGAGAGGCUACUGUUCGCGCUGUACGCGGUGAAGAACGAGUACCCAAAGGUCAAGCAGUGGCUGAAGUCUCUGAGAUUCCUCAAGAGGCUCUUGACCAAGGUCCCGAGGUUUUUGGCCACGACCAAGGACAAUGGCUUGCACAACCAAAUCCGCUUCAACAAGGCGAGGUUCUGUGAAGCUAUAAUGCACGACCUGGAAGGCCUGCUCAGCUACCUCGAAAAGAGAAACUACUUCAGCAAGACGGUCACAGCGGAGAUAAGAGACAUGGAGAAAAAAAAAGGGCGUGAAUUGGCGGUGAAGCACCUGAUUGAACUUGCUCUGGGAAAAGGCCGAGCGAAGUCCAGGGAGUUCUUGGAGAUCCUUUGGCAACUUCAAGGCCAAUACCCAAAGAUGACCCGCAUCUUUGAUGAAAUGUGACGUCGUCUAGCCGAGUUGAUUCAUUGAAGUGACAUUUGCAAUACGCUUGUGUCACUGAGAGUUCACAGUGGAUGUUUUGAUUCAUAAAAUGCUCGUCAAACUAGCACCGCUGGAUUCAAUUCCUCCACCCUCCUCCUUUCUACCUCCUCCAUACUACCUCGUCUCCCCACUCCUCCAUUUCGCCUAAUCCUCCUACACCAAUAUUCCUCCACUCGCAACGCAGGGAGCUCAUCAGUACUGCUAGUUGAUUCACGCUUCUGUAUUACCCCUAUCUGGCGCACGAGCGACUUUAAACUGCAGCUCCUCGCCUCCGAGUUCAUCAUCGAACGAUGCAUCCAUUUGGCAAAAAAAACACGCGCAAGUUAUAGGAAGAGAGAUGAUCUUUUGUAAUCAUCAUCAUCAUUAUUAUUACUACGACGUUCACAUUGAAAAUAGUGGCAGAAGACAGCUUCAGGAGUCGACUUGUGAGUGUUUGAAACGCUGCCUUGCGAAUGAUCAAAGCGGGUAAGUGGCGUUACUUGACGUCGAGCGGUUUGAGAUUGGGCGGCCAAAGUAGCACAAGCCGGCUCAAAGCAUCAUCAAUGUGCUCACAAUGGCCGUGUUGGUUCAAUAAUGGCCACGUCGAACAGCAAUUGAGUCAGCAUCACUGACAUCUGGGUUCCGGCUCUUGGUUCAUGUGGCUCUUUCUCUCUCAGCGUCAUUAAUCACCCGUAACAAAAAGUCACGGUACUCGAAUUGCAUAAUGUCGUAGGUUUCCUGUCCAACACAACGGCUAAUGCUGUAUUAGUUAGCGAAUUGGCCUGCUCUGUUUACGUGACAAACCUUGCUAGUUUGCUGUGUCGGGUGGUGGCGGGUUUAACGACACAUUCAUAUUCACGUUAUCUAAACCAAAUACACUGUUAUUGAUAAUAUUGAUCGCGAAAGCCUCCUACUAUGUGUUAACUGAAAGA